AUGGCUUGCCCCAGCGCGAAACGGCAGCGCAUGGGAGUGCAGCUGGACGCGUACGACAGCAGUGAGGAGACGGACAACUCUGAGGCGCCUCCCAUCUCCGAGCGCGCAGCGGCCUACGCACCACACGUGGGGCCUGCGCUGGAUGCCUUUUGGACCUUGGACCCUGAAGCGGAGGUACAUGGAAGUCAUCAAGUGGGUCUGUGGGAUGAACACUCAGACUUGGACCUUUUGACCACGCAGCCGCUGCACCAGCUGCUGCGACGCUUGCGCGGCGGGACGGCGCCGAGCUCGCUGACGCUGCUGGAGCACGUCUCGCAGGCGCGGGUGCCGCGGCUGCUGCUGAAGCACCGCAGCGGGGUGGUGCUGGAUGUGGUGGAAGCGAAACGCGACCCCUACGCCGUCCCCAAGGACCGCUUCGUCGCGCAGCGCCUGGCCGCCAGCCCGGCCGUUGCUGCGCCGCUGGCGCGGCGAAUUAAGGCGACGGCGCGGCGCUGGGCGAUGCCGCGGGAGGAGGGAUAUCCGAACUGCUUUCUCUUCCUGCUGAUCGGCUUUUGGUACCUGGCCCGCCAGCGACCUCCGGAUACUGAUGGUGAGGGCGGAAAGUCCCAAGAGCAACGAGAAGAGAGGCUUUUUCAAGGCUUGUUGAAGUUCCUGGUUCAGUGUGCGUCCGAGCCCAUGAUCUUCGAUCUGCGCGAAGAGCCAGGGGAUGUUGGAGGAGCAGAAGCUCAUUGGAAGAUCGUGGAACCCGUUUCCGGCAGGUCCAGCACAUCGCGGAGCUGGCGAAGCUGGAACUUGGCAGCUGACGUGUCGUGGCGGAUGCGACGGGAUGGCGCAGCUUUCAAAGUGGACCGCCUUGGAGCCCCCGGAGCUGCUGAUCCCAUUGAGAUUUCGCCCAGCGGACGGAUGACUUGGAGGGUGCCAAAGCUUCAGUCGCUGCUGAAGAGCUGCGACUUGGCAAGAGCAGAGGCGGCUCAGCAGGCGGUGCCAGCCUCUGGGAGAUCCCAUGCUGGGUCGCACGGCAAUGAGCUGUCCAUGCGGGAACUGGAGCGCCAGCUGCAGGAGCUGAGGAGAGACAAGGUGAAGAUCGAUGAUCACAUCAGAAGAAUGGAGUCUGCACAGAAACGUUUCGGUGAUGAGGACAGGUCCAAGUUGACGGCCAUGCAUAGCCAGGAGGAGACCAAAGAUGACAAGGAGAAGAAGGAGGAUGGUGAAGACGGCGAGGAAAAGGAUGAAGAUGGUGAAAAAAAGGAGCAGGAAGAGAGCAGAAAGAGAAAGAGGGAAGAUGAUGUGGAGCAGAGGAAGAAGGAAGGUCGACCUACUAAAGCGGACCCCAGGAGCCGUAAUCUCUUUGGGAAGCUGCUGGGCCACCUUCAGUCUGCCAAAGACAGGCUGCAGAAGGAAAAGACCAGCAAAGUGGGUGAACUGCAGCAGAAAGCCUUGAUGAAAGUGGAGGAAAAGGUGAAUCUCAGCAAGAUGAACCUGAAGGAGUUUAGAAGAGGUGAGUUCACCAAGACGCUGGAGGAGGAACAAGCCAGAGUCCUGGAGAUCGAAAAGCAGAUCGAACAAAAGGAGGUGCUCCUGCUCCAGCGGCGCUUGGAGAACCACUACUCCCUGAUGAUGAACUUCAUCCGUACUGAGGUGUCGCCUCCCAUCUUCUUUUUGCCUGCGAAGCACACCCGGGACACCGAGAAACAGUUGGAAGCGACUCGUGCGGGAAUCAAGGGCAAAAUCGCGGCGCUGAAGCAUCAGCUCCCUCAGGUGCCGGAGGCUGAAAUGAAAGGUGCUGAGGGUGAGCAGAAGGAGGCAGAACCAGAGGCCCCUCGAGAAGAGGCAGCUGAAGCCGAUGGUGCAGAAGCGAAGGACGAUGCGAGUGACAGCUCAUGA